UUUGUUCCCUUUGGAGGCCCUUUCUCUCACUCUGGAGUCUGGGCAUCUUAAAGAGAGCAGAAAUACAAAGUAACAAAGAGGACCAAACAAAUAUAAAAACAUUCAUGUUCCUUUCGUAAUCUGAAAGCCAGAAAGCUCAGUUAAGAAGACAUUCAAAAUCGUGGCUCUCUCUCCAGUGCGAUAAUCUCCAUUUGGUGCUGUGAGUUCAAUGUUCGGUUUCGUGUUUUGUUUGCUGUUUUAGUUUGGAGUUGACAUCGACUAUUGGUUUUUGGAUGAUUCAUAGUUGCAGAGGGUGGAGUUUUGGAAUCGUCAGCGUCAGCGUUUCGAGUUUGUUAUGUCAGGGAAAGGAAGGGGGAUUGCUGUAAAUACCUUGAGAGCAGUUCGACAGCAUUAACUUUCGAAUAUACAUUGUGACUUCUGAGAUGGACCGCGGUUGGCCCUGGAAGAAAAAAACAUCUGAUAAGACCAUAACUGAGAAAACAGCGGCUACAUCAGGUUCUGAUAAAGCUUCUUUGGCCUCAGUUGCAUCUCUAAGUGAUAAGGAAAACUACAACAAGGUCAACUAUGUUCAAAUAUCUUUGGACUCGUAUACACAUAUGACUGGGUUUGAAGCUCAAGUUAAUACAUUGGAAGGACAAGUCAAAAUAUUGGAGGAUCAAGUAAAGGAUUUGAACAAAAAGUUGUCUGAGGCUCAUUCAGAGAUCACUAUGCAAGAAAGCCUAGUUGAACAGCAUGCCAAAGUUGCUGAAGAAGCUGUUUCAGGAUGGGAGAAGGCUAAUGCUGAAGCUCUCGCACUGAAACUUCAACUUGAAUCCAUCACACUCUUGAGGCUUACAGCUGAAGAUCGAGCUUCCCAUCUGGAUGGUGCUCUCAAAGAGUGCAUGAAGCAGGUAAGAUGUGUGAAGGAAGAAAAUGAACAGAGAUUGCAUGAAGUAAUUCUUACUAAAACCGAGCAAUGGGACAAGAUCAAGCUUGAGCUUGAAGGAAAAAUAGUUGAUUUAGAUCAAGAACUUCUUAGGUCGAGUGCUCAAAAUGCUGCUCUUUCAAAGUCACUGCAAGAUCAUUCAAACAUGCUAAUGAAAAUCAAAGAAGAAAAAUUUCAAGCAGAGGCCAACAUUGAACAUCUGAAGGGAAACAUUCAGUCAUAUGAAAAAGAAAUAAAUUCAUUGAAGUAUGAGCUGCAUAUAGUUUCUAAGGAGCUUGAUAUUCGAAAUGAGGAAAAGAACAUGUCUAUAAAGUUAGCAGAAGUUGCAAACAAGCAACACUUGGAAUGUGGGAAGAAAAUUGCAAAGCUGGAAGCAGAGUGCCAAAGACUUCGUGGCCUCGUCCGCAAGAAAUUGCCUGGGCCUGCUGCAUUGGCUCAGAUGAAGCUGGAAGUUGAGAAUUUAGGCCAGAAUUUCCAUGAACCUCGACUAAGGACUCCAGUUAAGAGUCCUAACCUACAUUUGUCUCAAUUAUCAGAGUUUUCAAAUGAAACAUUGCAGCAAAACCAAAAGGAGAUUGAGUUUCUUACUACUCGUUUAUUGGCAAUGGAAGACGAAACAAAGAUGCUGAAAGAAGCUUUGGCUGCUCGUAACCAUGAACUGCAGACUUCAAGAAGCAUGUGUGCAAAGGUAGCUGGCAGACUUAAGAGCCUAGAAGCGCAACAGGAUCUUCUUCAACAGAGAAGCUCUCCAAGAUCAAAUUAUGGGGUCCCUACUGAAGGUUCCUCAAGUCAAAAUGGUAGCAAUCCUGCCAGUGUAGCUUCAACGUCUGAAGAUGGGAUUGAUGAAGAAGGAAGCUGUGUGGAGUCUUUGGCAACAUCUUUGAUCUCUGAUCUCCCCCAUUGUAGGGGGAACAAGAGGCUUGGAAAAUCUAGGAAACACAAUAACUUGAAUCAUUUGGAUUUAAUGGAUGACUUUCUAGAGAUGGAGAGAUUGGCACAUUCAUCAAAUCACUCUAAUGGGGUCAGUUCCAUCAUAAAAGAUUUAAAUAAUGAGAAGGGUGAUAUUGCAUGCCACAGCACAUUAGUUGAUGUUGCAAAGAGUGGGAACCUUCCAUCUGAAUGGCCAACUGAUUCAAAUUCAUCACCAAAUCAGGUUUCUUCCUGUUUGGAAUCUUCAGCAAUUGAACAUGGUCUUUGUGUGGAUCACCUUCUCUUGUUGAAACUCCAAUCAAGAAUUUCAAUUAUACUUGAGUCUCAAACCACGGACACUGAUAAGGGUAAGAUUUUGGAAGAGAUCAAAUGUGCUAUGCAGGAUAUACAAGAUUCUAUGCAUCAGCAGUCGGCAAGUUGUUUUUAUGAGGGAACUCAUCCUGAUGAUGCUUCACACAAUUGGGAAGCUUGUCCUCAAGAUACUAGGGAAACCAAAGAUAGCAAGAUCUUGUUGGGUGAGGAUGGUAAACCCUGUACAGGUAAGGAACAUGUUAUAAACCAAAAUUUGGUGGCUGCUGUUUCCCAAAUUCAUCAAUUUGUAUUAUCUCUGGGCAAGGAAGCUAUGCAAGUUCCAGAUACUUCUACUGUGAGAAAUGAGAUAAUUAAAAAUAUCGAGGACUUCUCUACCUCUGUUGAUAAAUUCCUGUUCAACAAACUAAGUUUGGUGGAAUUUUUCCUUGGUCUUUCUCAUAUUUUGAUCAAAGCUAGUGAGCUGAAAUCUAGUGUCCUGGACUGUAAGGGUCAUGAAGGAGAAACUACUACUUUUGACUGCAUUGACAAGGUUGCUUUGCUAGAGAAUAAGGUGGUUAAGGAUGAGUCAUCAAGACAGGGAUUUCCCAGAGGGUGUGAUUACAAUUCUCAUUCCACUUCUGAUCCUGAGAUUCUGCAAGAAGAAAACUUAAGUCCAGGUUUUUGGUCUGAUCUCUCAUCAUGUAAAUGCUCAUUAAAGGAUUUGGAACUGCUGCAAUCAUGUAAAGAUAACAUGGAAAUGGACUUAGCUAGGUGCACUCAGGAUCUUGAGAGCACAAGGUUGCAAUUAAAGGAAAUGGAGCAGCUUCUAACAGAAUUAAAAUCACAGUUGGCUUUAUCACAAAAAUCAAGAAGCCUGGCAGAGACUCAGCUGAAAUGUAUGACAGAGUCUUAUAAAUCACUUGAAUUGCAUGCACAGGAAUUAGAAGCUGAGGUGAUCAGUCUACAAGAAAAAAUGGAGAAUCUAAAUUAUGAACUUCAAGAAGAAAAGGACAGUCAUCAGGAUGCUUUGGCCAGGUGUGAGGAUCUUCAAGAGCAACUGCAAAGGGUCAAGAGCCAUUCCAUGAGCUUGCUAUCUUCUGCUGCAGAAUUUGAUGUGAAGUCUACACAGGAGAGAGAGAUAGCAGCUGCAGCAGAGAAGCUUGCAGAGUGUCAACAGACCAUAGACAUUCUUGGCAGACAAUUGAAAUCUAUGCAACCUCAAAGCAAGUUCAUUGAGUCCCGGGAUAGCAGGAGGCUUCAAUCGAAUGAGGGCUUAGUAGGAGAUAAACCAUGUCAUAGUGUUUCAAAGAAACAAGCCGUCUUCAACUCCAGUGAAUUUUACCAGGCUGAUAUGCUCCAUGCUAGUCCCACAGCUACACAAGACAUGGGUGAGAAGCUCCUGCAUAUUUCAAAUUCUCCAUCUAGUCCAUCCAACGUUGAACCAAACCUGUUACCAAGAUCUCCAAUAAGCCCAAGCCACCAUCACAAUAAGCCUAAAAAGUCAUCUUCCUCUUCUGCUAUGUUGGCGCCUGAGAAACAUCUCCGUGGUUUCAGUAGCUUCUUUGCUUCAAGAGGGAAGAAGGGGAAUGGGCGGUAGCAUCCCCGAGCAGUAAAUAGCAGUUCAAGUAAAAUGGAUCUGCUUAGAAGUUCACAGCAUCAGCCAAGAUGUACAACUUUCCUUAGCUUAAUGGAUAGCCACUUGCUACCAAUAGGAAAUUCCUUUGUUAAAUUGUGUAAAUGGCAAGAAUUAAGAUGGUAUCUGGAUAUUAGAUUUGGCCAGUUACAUUUUUCAUACAUUAC